GUCGCGCUCAUUCAAGCUUUCCCUACUGCCAGGGCGGAGCGCGGGGAGGCUUCUCCAGGUCGCCUCGCUCCGGUGGCUGGAUGGGGAGACCCCUUUGACCCGAGGAGAUAGUGGAGAUAGCGUGCCGAGUGAGUGGUGAGACGGAUGACCUCGUGGGUGUCUCCCCUGGUCUCUCCACUCCCCGCCCCUGUUUUCCAGCGGCGGCCCCAGUUCCCAGGCUGAAGGGGAACAAUAAAGAGGAGGAAAAGUAGCGCUCGCAGCGCCCUAAUGAUUGGAUGAGGCGCCAUUACAUCAUUUUCCCCCCUUUCCUGGGCUGCCUCGCUGAUUUUCUUGCAUUGGGGAGAAAAGUGCGCGCGCGCUAGUUAGUAGGAGCGGGAAGCACAUCUGGGGAAGAGGGAGGACUGGGUGCCCGCACCACACACACACACACACACGCCCUCCCCCAGAGCGGUGGCCAGCGGCUUGCCCGAACUCCUUCCCAGCCCCAGGUGGUCAGAGAGGAGUUUGGAGAGCGGGAAGAUGCUCCGGAGAACGUCCCAUGAAGCGGAUCCUGGAGGGCGAGGGCUCCUCCGUCUCCUCUGAUCCGCGCCUGCCGCCCAAGUGCGGGGAAAUGGGCUUUGAGAACGCCACGGACAAGCGGUGGGGCAUGGCUGAUUCUGCAUACAACUUGUCUUCUCACCUGAUAAAGAUGCCCAACUUCACCAAUGACAACUUCACGAAGGAGGACACCCCCAAGUAUAAGACGGUGGAGAUGGUCUUCAUAGCCACCGUCACAGGGUCGCUUAGCCUUGUCACCGUGGUAGGGAAUAUCUUGGUCAUGCUGUCUAUCAAAGUGAACCGCCAGCUUCAGACUGUAAACAACUACUUCCUCUUCAGCUUGGCCUGUGCUGACCUGAUAAUUGGAGUCUUUUCCAUGAACCUUUACACAGUCUACAUCAUCAAGGGCUAUUGGCCACUAGGGGCUGUGGUCUGUGACCUCUGGCUGGCUCUGGACUACGUGGUGAGCAACGCCUCUGUCAUGAACUUGCUCAUCAUCAGUUUUGACCGCUACUUCUGUGUCACCAAGCCCCUGACCUACCCAGCUAGGCGGACAACCAAAAUGGCAGGGCUGAUGAUUGCAGUCGCUUGGAUAUUGUCCUUUAUCCUCUGGGCACCCGCCAUCUUGUUUUGGCAGUUCAUUGUUGGGGAGAGGACAGUUGAGAAAGAGCAGUGUUACAUCCAGUUCCUCUCCAACCCGGCGGUGACCUUUGGCACAGCCAUCGCGGCUUUCUACCUCCCCGUGGUCAUCAUGACUGUGCUCUACAUCCACAUUUCGCUGGCCAGCCGGAGCCGCAUCAGAAGGCACAAGCCUGAGAGCAAGAAGGAGAAGAAGUCCAAGUCACUUGGCUUCCUGAAGAGCCCUCUGGUCAAGCAGAAUAACAACAACUCUCCAAAGAAAGCGGCGGAGGUGAAGGAGGAGGCAAAAAACGGGAAAGUAGAAGAGCAGCCCUUACAGCAGUCAGAGACCACUGGCCACCAGGAGGAGAAGGAGACGUCCAAUGAAUCCAGCACAGUGAGCAUCACCCAGACCAACAAAGAGAAGCCGGUGCUGGAAAUUGCACCGGCUGAUCUGGAGCAGAGCCCAGCCCCGACACGGCUUAACCCUGCCUCCAAGUGGUCCAAAAUUAAGAUUGUCACAAAGCAAACCGGAACUGAAUGUGUCACCGCCAUUGAGAUUGUCCCAGACAAAGAAGCCAGCUCCACUCCAAUCACCUUGUCCAACAGCCGCCCGGCGAACGUUGCCAGGAAAUUUGCUAGCAUUGCCAGGAGUCAGGUCAGGAAGAAGCGUCAAAUGGCAGCCCGGGAGAAGAAAGUCACCAGAACCAUCUUUGCCAUCUUACUGGCCUUCAUCCUGACAUGGACGCCUUACAAUGUGAUGGUCCUCAUUAAUACCUUCUGCGAUUAUUGUGUCCCUGACACGGUCUGGUAUAUCGGGUACUGGCUGUGCUAUGUCAACAGUACCAUCAACCCAGCUUGUUACGCUCUUUGCAACGCCACCUUCAAGAAAACCUUUAAGCACCUUCUCAUGUGUCAGUACAGGAACAUCGGCACGGCAAGAUAAUCUGGAAGCAAGGUGUUGUGGAGACUUGUUCUUUUAUUCUCCAACCAGACAGAUGUACUGCUGCAACUGUGUCACUGGAUUCCAGAGGGAGCCUUUCACCAAAUGCAAAACUAAAACCAGAGAUAAGACACAACCCUUUUAAUCCUGAUCAGCCUUCAAGUCACAAAGCAGUCCUUGCGCCUCUACGACCCCUGACUGCGCUUCUCCAGAAAAUGAAGGAGAAAUAAGUCAGGGACUGGAUGCUGCAAUAAGGCGUCAUGGACAGACUUCGUGGAUCCCACUCCCUGCCUUGUUCCUCCUGAAAUGCUGGCUGAACUUCCAUUAACCUUUGAUAUCACUAGAUAAAAGCAGUGUCCCCUUCUGAUGCCUAUGCUGAUGUGCUAAGUGGGACACACAAACAUGUAAAUGGAAGUUAUUCCCUUCCAUGGAUGUCUUGGUGGUUUUGCACUUGUGGUGUGUAUGAGUAUGUGUGUGUGUGUGUGUGUGUGAGAGAGAGAGAGAGAGAGAGAGAGAGAGAGAGAGAGAGAGAAUGGGAAGGUUCAGCAAUGCUAACAAAAUCAUAAACUAUGAAUGUGCAGGCAGAAGGGGACUGUCUCAUCGCCAGCCACCAAGCUGGCAGUGGAUUCUGCUUGGAGCCUUAGGCUGGGCAUGCUCAGACUAGAUGACCAACCAAGGCACACUUAAUCCCUUUCAUACAUCCUAGCCCUUUUCCCGGUUGAGUUUCCAGUGGGAUUUGUUCCCCUCAGGGAGAGUAUUCUACAGCUGGAACCAAACCUGCCUGCUUAAGAGGCUUCCUAAGGAACUUUCAUCCUGUGCUGACUCCAUCUUGUCUCCCCGUGGCCGGCAGCUGAGCCCGCCAGCCAGCCUGCUGAACGGAGAGACUCACUCCUACCUUGAAACAAUGACACACCUGAGUUGUUUUGAACAAUAAAAAAUUGCAAACGGCACAUGUGCGCACGCACAGAGAGACAGAGUCAGCACUGUGACAUUUUUGACCACAUGCCAAGGGAAAUGCUUCUACAAAGGUAUUUGUGUCGAUGUGAAGAGCGACUGUCCUUGAGGCGGCAAAUGCUUGACAAGGCCCUUGGAGGAUAACGUUGCACCAGGCAUCUGCAAUAGCGGGAUAUUCCUGUACUGGGGAGACUUUCAAAGGCCAUGUAGCCUCUUUUAAUGUAAACAGGGUUUCCCUUCAUUUUGGGUUGCUUUUUUUAGAUGCCAGCUGCACCACAGUGUCCUCCUGGCUCCAAGGACUUGGUUAAGGGAGAUGCCCUUUACCGAAGAGAUUUUUGGUUCCUCUAUAGAAGCCUUUCUCAACCUUGGGUUCCAAGAUAUGGUUGGACUACAACUCCCAUCAUUCCUAGCCCAGUGGUCGGGGAUAAUGGGAGAUGUAGUCUGAGACCGUCUGGGAACCCAUGGUUGGGAAAGACUCCUCUGUAGGGUAGGAAUAGGCAACAGGUGACCCUCAUCAUGAUGUUGGACUCCAGCUCCCAUCAGCUGCAGCCAGCAUGGACAAUGGUCAAGGAUGAUGGGAGUUGUAGUGCAGCAACUGCUGGAGGGCUGCAGUUUCUUCAUCCCUGCUUAUAGGGGCUGGGGGAGGGAAACUAGAGACCUCCCCGCUUGCUUCUGCUCCAAGUGCCUGUGGGCAUAUCAAGAAGAUAGCCACCGAGCUUUGUAAAUGGACUUAACCUCCCUUCUAGUCGGUGUCGUCAUGGAGUCCUCAGCAUGUGGGCUCCAGUGUAAAGUGUACAGCCUAAAUCCCAGGAUAUUCAUGAUGUCCAGCACAGAACAACCCAUUCCAGCUGUUGCUCAGUUUCUCCAGAGCCCAGAGGGUGUCUGCACCCUCAGGCACGUCAGCAAGAAAUGCAGAUCAAGGACCUGGCAUAGACUGGGCCAGUGUACACAGGCACGGAAGUCUCCGUCUCAUGGUGAAGGACUCUCAGCCUGCGAGACGCCAUUGUAGUUGGCCAAAGGCUGCUGCCUCAUUCUGCUGGGGAGGCAGCCAUACUGCCACUGCCUUUAGAAUAAUUUGCAUCAUGUUGCCCCAAAUGCCUUGCAGGUUUUUUUAAUUGUUACAACUAACAGCCGGCCCCACUUAAACCAAUAAAGUAAUUGA